AUGUCAUCAAACGAUGAUAUUUGCUCAAUUUCUGGUCAAAUACUUAAUAGAUUCUACUGCGAUAUAUUACCAAGAAUUCAUUAUAAUGUAAAAUAUCUCAUUUUGGAAUCAAAUUCUAUGGAACAUAUUCUUCUCGCUGGCAACUAUCCUAAUCUUACUAGCUUUAAACUUUUCAAUUUCAAUAAAGAAAUAUUGUCACGAUAUUUUCUAGACGAUUCUCUCUUUCGACAUAUUUGUAAACAACAAAUUACAGAUCUUACUCUUAUCAGCAAUGAAAACAAUAGUGAAAUAACAUUAACAGACUAUACGAUGAAUGUUUAUCUAAUUAUCUUGUCUUUCUUUAAAAAUCUCAAACAUCUGUCUAUUUUAUCAUCAUCCAUUGACGGCUAUCCACCUUUGUCACUACAUAAUUUGCCAUCAACAAUUUUUUCCUCUUCGACACUUACUAAGUUAUGCAUUAAUGUGAAUGAUUUUGGUGAUUGUCUUGCUUUACUUGAUGGUCGUCUAAAACAAUUAACUACAUUCAUCGUUCAAACAAAAUAUAUCGAAAAUGUAUCAUUGCAGUCGUACGACAUGGAUGAUCUACCUGAUUUGAAAUCUUUCUCAUUAAUAUGUUAUAGUAAAAUUUCUGAAUAUGACAAUCUAGUUGUACGACUUCUUCACCAUAUGUCACAUCUCGAAGAAUUAACUCUAUAUCUUUGUAUCAAGCAUCGACCUAGAUUCGUCGAUGGCACUCAUAUUCAUAAUGAAAUUCUUAGUCAUAUGACACGACUUCAUACAUUUACUUUUUAUAUUAGUACUGAAAAUUAUGUCAACGAUUCAACUCUUCGCCUGUCUAAAAACGAUAUCCAAGAAACUUUUAAAAAUAGAGAAAAUCAACAAGUCGAUUGUACUGUAGACUAUGUUGACGAUGUCUUUGUCUUAUGCAAGGUGUUCUCACUUCCAUUUAGAUUUGAUCGUUUCGAAUGGAUUACGAAUAAUUUUUCGCCGAUGAUAUUCAAUUCUGUAACUUAUUUGACGUUGUUUGAUAGAGUUUCAUUCAAACAUGAAUUCUUCGUUCGGGUUGCUCGAGCUUUUCCAUUACUUAAAUAUUUAUCUGUUCACAAUGUCAAACCACCAUUUUGGAGAUUCCCGAAGCCUCAUCCUGUCGACAACUAUUCACCAAUUGCAGAAUAUCUUCAUCUUAUUUCACUACACUUUGGUUUUGUCAGUAAUUGUUAUGUUGAUCAAUUUCUCAAUGAAACAAAAACAAGUUUGCCUCGUCUAAUCAAAUUAAAAGCCAAUUAUAGACAAUUGGAAAGUGUGACAGAGAAUUUUACAAGAAAUGAAACGCAACGCAAUUGUGCUAUGGUGAAACGAUUACUUAUCCCAGGCUUAAUAGUUUUCCCAGAAGAUGUUUAUCGCUAUUUUCCUUCAUUGUAA